AGGCCGCCCCGAGCCGCCGCUGCUACCGGAGCUACGGCCCUGCCCGCCCCUACGGCCCUGCCCGCCCCUACGGCCCUGCCCGAGCCGCCAGACCCUGCCCGAGCCGCCCGCCCGCAGCCGGGACCCGUCCCUACCAACGCCAGCCGGAGCCGCCGUCGCUGUUCGCCAUGCAGCCCGCCUCCGCCAAGUGGUACGACCGGAGGGACUACGUCUUCAUCGAGUUCUGUGUGGAGGACAGUAAAGAUGUUAAUGUAAAUUUUGAAAAAUCCAAACUUACCUUCAGUUGUCUUGGAGGAAGUGAUAAUUUUAAACAUUUAAAUGAAAUCGACCUUUUUAAUAACAUUGAUCCAAACGAGUCAAAGCAUAAAAGAACAGACAGAUCCAUCUUGUGUUGUUUACGAAAAGGAGAAUCUGGUCAGGCAUGGCCACGGCUAACGAAAGAGAGGGCGAAGCUCAACUGGCUCAGUGUGGACUUCAACAACUGGAAAGACUGGGAGGACGAUUCAGAUGAAGACAUGUCCAACUUCGACCGCUUUUCCGAGAUGAUGAACAACAUGGGUGGUGAUGAUGAUGUAGACUUGCCAGAAGUAGAUGGGGCAGAUGAUGACUCACCAGACAGCGAUGAUGAAAAAAUGCCAGAUCUGGAGUAAGGAAAACCGUUGUCUUCAGGGUUUGGGGAAAGAACUUCAUCACCACAUUUCAUAAUCGCGAUAAAAAAAGAGUUCCUGAGUUGAUAGCCCUCCAGGGAGAUCCCGCAUCCCUUUUAGCCCAUUUUCAGUCCGUUUCCAACGGCUUUGCCAGCGGGAGGUGUUGUUGUGCCGCGGCGCGGGGCGGGCGCAGCCCCCAGAGGCAAUAACGUUCUGCAUGAACCGUUCUCCAGACUUCCAACCCCCCCGGGGAGGUGUAGGCACCCGGUAGCUCAGUCGCAAUAAAGUUUACGGAGCCUCCUUGCCUGGUCGCCGGUGCUCUCAUUGCCGCCGGAGGACCCUGCAGUCACACCCAGCCAUAAGAAUCCGGUUUUUUUUUUCCCCCAAAAAA